AUGCUCAUCUCUGGCAGCAUCGUGAUGGAGAUCCCACGGAGCUUUGCACCGUCCGUGAUGGACUUAAAAAGGCAGCUGGGGCGAGAACUGGGAUGGCCGCACUUCAAGCUAAAGCUCAUGCUCGGCGAGGAGGAGUUGAAUGAAGAGAUGACGCGGAGCCUGUCGGGCUCGCUGGAUGUGACGGCAGUCUUCUUGGAGUUUCCAGGACUGGUUCACGACUGGGAUACAGCCUUUCUCGCGGCCGUGGCUUCUCAGGAUUUGCCGGUGGCCGAGGACCUCCUCGGCAAGGCGCAGGACCCGAACUGCUUCUUUUCCCAGUUUUCGGACUCUGACUUUUCCGGUUUCACGGCUCUGACUGCUGCCAGCUUCUUGGGGAACCCUCAGCUGGUGGAGCUGCUUUGUCAGGCCAAGGCAGCCUUAGACGCUCUGGACAUGCGCGGAUUUUCGGCGCUGCAGAUUGCCAUCCGCAGAGACCACGCCGACCUUGUGCAGCUACUGCUCCAGUCUCGCGCAAACGCGAACCUGAACGGCACGAGAGGAACGGCGCUUUUGGAGGCGGCCAGCCACGGUCGUCUGACUGCCGCACAACUGCUGCUUGAGGCAGGGGCGGAGAAGGAUCUUGGCGACUCGGAGGGGCGAAGCCCUUUGCUUGAAGCGGCCUCUUCCGGUCAUGGCGAGGUGGUGAAGCUCCUCCUCCAAGCACGAGCGAACGUGGACGAAGGGAAUUGCUGGGGCAACAACUCCGUGCUCGCAGCCGCAUCUUCCGGCAACCUCGCCAUCCUGCGCACCUUGAUAGAUGCGAGGGCCUGCUUGAACGAAGCAGACAUCUCGGGUCGGACACCCCUCACGGCUGCCAUUGCCGCAAACCACCUGGAUGCCCUGCAGCUGCUUAUCGAGGGGAGGGCAAACGUGGACGAUAUGUACUAUGGCUGGUCUGACAUACCACUUCAUGCUGCAGCCGCGGCAGGCCAACUGGAGGUGGUACGCUUGCUCCUGCACGCAGAAGCUGAUGUCAAUGCAUCCCGGAGCUGUGAUCGGAUUCCUCUCAUCUCAGCGGCAGCUCGGGGCUUUCCCGAGGUGGCGCGGCUUCUCCUGGAGGCGGCGGCAGAUCUCCGCCGCACAGCUCGCAAUGGCCAGACGGCGCUGCAGGCAGCGCAAGCGCGAGGGCAAGAUGCCGUCCUUGAGGACCUGCCCAACGAGAACUCCGACUUAGGUGAGAAGCUCCCCUGGCAACUCUCCGGCGCCGUCACCAACUGCGUCGCAAGAUCCUUCGAGCAUCGCACGUGCAGGAAAACGCUUCCGAUCGACUCGGAGCUCGGUGGUGCCGCGGAAUGGCGGUCGGAGAGGUCGGAAGAGCUGCAGAUCAGCAGAGCGGUUAGCAUAGCGACGCAGCUCAGCGACCAUGAGGAGGAACAGGAGCCGCCCAGCAUCAGCUACCUGGACAAUGUCUUGAGAUACGAGUUCCGCCGGGGGGGCCCUGGGCUGGAAGAUGCUCGAGCAGGCACCUCCAUUUGGAACGAGUCUGAGACCAGCAGAGGUUUGCUUCGCUCUCAAUCCUGGCGUUCACUUGCCGCCGCGGAGGCCGAGGAGGGUACGCCCACAGUCUGGACGGCCGAAGGCUUAGAGAAGCAGCACGAGUCGUCGCAAGAGUGGGAUAAAGGGCCUAUCCAAGAGUUCUGUGAGAACUUGGCGAACAAACGGUCGUGGACGGGCACAUACGUUUUCUUCACCGCUUAUGCCUUGUUCGCCAUCGACAUCGACGCGAUGGCGGGGGACAAGUCGUCACGGAUAGGCGUGGCCAUUUGUACAACGCUGGUUGCCAUCGCCUUCCUGUUCGAGCUUGUAGUGCAUUGCAUCGGGAAGAAGGGGUACAUGACCAGCGCUUUCUUCAUGUUGGAUCUUGUAGCUUUCAUCUCCCUCAUACCAGAUACCAUCCUCAUGCAACUGGCUACGGAUGGCAGUGCAUUCGUUGCGGGCCGCUCUAGCAGGCUUACCAGGAUGUUGCGCCUUUUCGGGCGCUCUGCGCGAGCUGCGCGGCUCAACCGCUUCGGCCGCAUCGCGAGGAUUGCCGCUUUCAUGCCCAAGAUCCAGGAGCUCUCGCGCUUUUGGGGUCACAAGGUGGAAGAGGAUGAUGCUGCGCGAGUUCUGGAAAAGAAGCUCUAUCGAGUGUUCUGCUUCCUUGAUGAGGACAUGGACAGUUGGGUGGCAAAGUCUGCGCUGGACACGUGCAAAGACAAACUGUUCCAGAUGGCUCACCUCGAGAAGAAGAAGAGCGAGUGGGGUUCCAAGCUGCGCAUGCUUGCUGCCACUACCACUUUCUCAACGAAGGCUCGGAAGGACGAUCCGCAGAGCUCCGUGAGUAACGCCACCGGCUUGGAUUCGCAGACACCUGCCGACCUAGCGGGCUCUUUAGGCUCACGGCCACCAUCGCCAAGGAGCUUGGCAAAGAAGGAUGGUGCUGUCAUCGGCUCGCAGACGAUGGCACGUGCUCCCGACAACAAGCCAUAUCAAGACCAAGUUGAUUAUGCGGACUUCCGGGAUGCGAUCAUGAGCGAGCCUCCAUUGGUGCAGUGGCUGAAAAACGCCGUGAUCCGCCAGCUGAAGCGCGGCAACAACAUGCAGGCAGUGCGGCAGCGCAACGCCGAAUACAUCGGGGUCAAGGUGGCGAUGGCCAUACUGUUUAUAAUUGCUAUCCUGAGCUAUGUGGAGCCGCUGAUGGAGGACACCUCCCUCAACUAUGGCUUCGUUUCGAUGAACUCCUUCGUGGGCCUCACUACCGGCAGCCCUGUCGCAAACACGACCAUCCCGGACGUUAUUCGCAGGCAAGUGGCCACCUGGACGCUUCAUGAAGGGUGGGCGCGUCCAGAGCGGCCUCUUCUGUACUUGGAUCUACAGAGGAAAGUCUACUGCAACUCCCUGGUGGGUUCAAACGAACGGCGCUGUGAUGCGCCGUUGAGCGAAGCCCUCGUGUGGGGACAGACGAAGAGGCUUGAUGAGGUGGACGUCGAUGUCAUAUCCUCCAAAUACCGACAGAUGGAUCUGCUCUUGAUGCGAUAUCCAGACUUUGACAACCAGGACAUCACCGCCGAAGACCUCGAGGAGAGGACGGAAGCCGUAGCACUCUUUUUGAAUCGAGCGGAUACCGUCGCCACCGCUCGCGAUUCCAUUAUCACAACAUGGGUGGUCCUUUUCCUCAUCGUCAUCGGCAUCAGCCUUCUCACGCGGGAUCUUACGUACUUGUCCAAGAAUCUCUUAAAGCCACUUGUGGAGCUGGCCGAUGAAGUGGAAAGCAUCACUCGCCUGCAACUUGCUGCGACCAAUUCAGCCACUACGCAUAGCCUGGAGGAGGCCCAGAACGUCUCCAGCGAGAUCAGGUUGCUCCGCCGACGGUUCGACAGCAUGAAGACGGCCAUCCGCUCCUGGGGAAAGUACGUUCCCUGGCCUGUGGUGCAGCUGAUGAUGCGAAAAGAUGCAGAAGCUAACAUCGAAGUCUCCGAGCGUAAGGUGACCAUGUUCUUCUCAGACAUCGCCAGUUUCACCACCAUCGUCGAAAGCCUGCCGCCCAAGAGCUCGCUGCUCUUGCUGAGCCGAUACUUUCAGGAAAUGUCCAAGAUCGUGGACGCCAAUGGAGGCAUCGUUGUGGAAUUCAUCGGCGAUGCGAUACUUUGCAUCUACGGAGCACCCGUUGUCAACGACAGCCAUGCCACCGUCGCAGUGAAAGCUGCGGUGGAGAUGUUGCACGCCAUAGGCAGCAUCAACGCAUGGCUGGAUCGACGGGAGCUACCCAGGAUCUCCAUCCGGUGUGGAGUUCACACUGGCAAAGUGCUCGUUGGCAACAUGGGCAUGCAGUCGCGGAUCAAGUACGGCAUUGUGGGUGAUGAGUGCAGCAUGCCGGGACGGCUGGAAGAGCUCAACAAGACUUAUGGCACGCAGUUGCUGGUCUCUGAGACGACACACACGGACUUGGACAUCGAAGGCUUUGUGUCACGCCCCAUAGACUUUAUCCGGCGGUCUGCGGAUGCGGAAGAGAGCGAGCAGAUUUUCGAAGUCUGGAAAGCCAACCGUCGUCCCUCCAAGGCCACGCUCGAGGAAAAAGCGGCUGACCUCUACACAGAGGCAGUGCACGAGAUCUUUCUCCCGCUGGAAGAGGAGGUUUGUGAUGCAUCGGCGACGGUGUUCCUCUCCAUUCUCUGCCUCUUCGGCCUGGCGGUGACCUUCUUCGGAUAUCGGAUUUACAAAGUUGCCUUUGCGUUCUUCGCCUUCCUGGUGGCGUUCGGCUUAGAGGCACUGGUGGGAUCGCACUGGAUCAACGAAAUGCCAGAAGAGGCCACAACGGUCAAGAAGGUGAUCGUGCUCGUAUGCUGCGUGCUCUGGGGAACGGUAGCAGCAGUGCUCGCGCGAAGGUGCCGGGAGGGCAUCGAAAAGAUGCUGGGCAUCGUGUUUGGCAUAUUUCUGGGCCUGGCUGCAACAUGCCUGAUCGUGUAUGCCCUGCAGAAGCCGCUGGAUUCUGCUAUUGGUGAGGCCUACAAGGGCUGGGACCAAUUCGGAGGCGUCACUCUCGGAGUCCCACUUGCCUUGCUGGCAGGAUACCUCUGCAGAUCCUGGGUGAAGCACUUAAUCAUGAUCGUUACCGCCUUCUUCGGGGCUUGGGCCGCCUGGCGCUGCGCCUCGAGCUUGCUCCGGUGUGCGGAGGUGGAAUCCCAUGUGCUUAGUCGACACAUCAUCAACCUGCUGAUUGUCAUCGGCCUGGGCGUCCUUGGCCUCGUCGCUCAAAUCUUGUGGCAACCUCGUGGGGAACGCAAGGGGCAGGAGCGGACAGUGGCAGGAGGGGUGUGA